GAGCGGCACGUUCUGACAAGACGAGACAAUCAGGUCUCAUGACAUUACCAAGCAAUAGGCCGGCUUAUCUGAUUGACCCUUGAAGCGUGUACGGCGGCAGAUGCCGGUCGCUAAUCUGGCUCUUAGACCUGCGUUUGGGACGAUUGGGAGGUCCGACCCAACUGCACGCUGACGAGCUGUUUGCUAGUGGGCAUGUGCCGGUGCCAAGCAUGAGCGAUGAGCCCGUGUUGCGCCAGAUCGUCGCUGCGUGCGCGUGACCGAGCGUCUCUGGUGUCCGCCACCUGCAAGAUCUCCAUGUUUGACGCGGAUUGUCCACAGGGAAAGCGCAUCCGCAAGCACGAGCAGUUGGCAUCAGUGAAAAGGCAUGACCGGCAAAUGUACCGCUGUAUUCCUUGCCGUGUUUCGUUUCGUCGGGCUGGAAGGUUCAUUGCGCCAUGCCCUUGAUGGAGCGAGACGUGCCCUUCACCGCCUGACGAGGAUGCAGAAGUUGCACCCGCGACUGGCUGAACCUAGUGCUAGCCCUAACUGCGACCAGUGCAAAAGGGCCUUGUCGGCGUGGCCAGACAGGAUGAACGUGACUUAUGGAGUUCCAAAGUUCGAGGGCUACCACCACACCGAUGAUCGCGGCGUCCAAGAGUCGAUAGUCACAUUGACAACGUCUACCUCAUGGCAUAUGCACGAGAUCUGCUCAUGCCAAUAGUCAGCGUGAUAUCCCUUGACAGGUCCAGGAUUACAUGGAGAAUUGAGCAGGCGCCUUGCGCAUAAAACCCAUCGGUA